UUGGACCAAGAACAGCGAUGAAUUUAAAGAGGGGAAUAUCUGUGUUUUGUUCUGCGAUGUACAGAAACGAAGACGACAUACUAGAAGGAAUUAGAUGAGGACAAUAACAUAAGAUAUCUGGUCGUGUGUUCAACAUUCGAGGCUUGGAGAAUAGAAGUACUGUAUGCUGUAAUAACACGACAAGCAAAGAGCAUCAAAAACCUAUUAAAUUUACAUCGAAGAUUAGGAUAUUUUGGUUUCUACGUGCCUACCACGAACGAACAGUGUCUAUUAUUUGGAAUUUUUACUUCGAUGUUUGAAAGAAUCGCUACAUUUUCUUCAAAAGAAAAGUGUUUUUAUACACGACAAAAUUAACUCAGCUUGAUGUCUUUCAAGGAAGCCCGCUGAUCAAUGCCGACGGGGGCUCAGCUUAGAAUGCAAGUUUUCCCAGACAAAACCUCGAAACCUAAUCCGGCUCAAUAAUCUAUAUUACGAAGUGCGUUAUUUUUAAUAAUAAUGUCAAGAAUGACUGAGGAAUCAUGUACAGAGUUAAACAAUGGUGUAUUUACACCGAUAAUCGACGAAAGUGAAGGAGUGUCGUAUCAUGUUUCUGCAGACGUCGAUUCAAAAUGUUUGUCAUCUACAAGUGACGCGAGGAAUUCUGGGGUUACGUCUGAUCUGGAUCGAGCUGUGGCAGCAUUAGAAGCGAGUAGCAGCAAUCUUCUAGAACAUUCAGUGACAUUAGAUAAUAUAACAACAUGUUUGUCCUCUGAACGAGAAGUAGAAUGUUUGGCUGUUGAACAAGAUACAUCACCUCAAAGAGGGACUGUUUCUGCUCCACAGCAAGAAGAAGAAGACACGACAAAACCGCGCGAUUUUAGUACACUGAGAGCAAUGUUCUCCCAAACAGGCGCUAGUCAGAACAUGUUUUCGCCAAGACAAGGUAAAUUGCGUGAUUUUGACCCAUCUAAAAAACGACCAUUAGAUUCAGGUUGUAUACAAUAUGAAAGACUAGGUACGAGUGAUGAAAACAAUGAAAUACAAACUGAAGGGGAUUCUGUAGUGGCACGGAUGAAAAGAAACUUUGAAACUAGUUCCAUCGACACAAGUAUCAAAAAGAGUCAACGAAUUCAUAAGCAACCUGUUUCCUUUGAGGUCAAUCUAAAUAGUGAUUACGUCACGAGCGACUCCAGUUCUGUUAAUAUUUCCCAUGAACCUUCACAGGCUCUGCAACAAAUUAAGAAAGGAGUGGAAAGUACAUUUAGUGAAAAUGUAAUCAGAAUUGAAUCGUCUAGUACCUCUAUAGUUUCUUCCCCGUGUGUUGAGAAUUUAGAACAAUGCAAUGAACGAAUGAAAAAGAAGGAAAUUUUAACUGACACAGGAAUCCCGUCGGACAGCCCUAAGUGUAUUUCCUUUGACAUAACUUUCGAGGAUAAACCAUCUAAACGUGUCUCGCCUAAAACGAAGCCUAAACCGUCUAAAGGAAAACUAAACGAUAGCAAAACGGCUGAAGUAAUUUGCAGUGAGAGUGAAACUAUCAACAUUGUUGAUGCACAGAAACAAGCGUUAGAGUCCCAAGGAGACAGAAAAGAUCACUCGACAAAUGGAAAUAAUAUUACCAACAAAAGUUAUUCGUUUGAAGUGAGUUUUGAGGACGACUCGCCAAAGAAAACGAAACCUUGUGAUAGACUAAAUAAACUACUUGUCAAAAAACCUUGUAAAACGGCUGCUCGACAAGAAAAGAUAGUCGUACCUAGUAGUAAGUGUAGCUUUGCGACGUGUGAAAAUGAGCAGAAUGGACUUGUAACAGCUAAAACAAACAGCAUUGAUAAUGAACUACAGGUUUUGGCACCAAAAGAACAAUCAUCGACAGAUUCAGAGAGAGCUUUUGAAGUUGUAUUUCACGAUAAUACUCCUAAAACCACUAGAGAAGAUGUUUUGUCUAACGGGAAUGCUGAAACGAAUGAAAAGGAUGAGAUGAAAAUGACAGCUCAAGGGAUUUCAUUUGAUAUUUGUUUCGAUGAAGAUUCAGUUGAAAGACCUAAACUGAACCGAAAACCAAAAUUAACACUUAAACAUAUCCGCUUGAAAAAGACAAAAGAACAACAGCAACAACAACAACAACAACAAGAGAAACAACAACAGCAACAACAACAACAACAGCAACAACAACAACAACAACAGCAACAACAACAACAACAACAGCAACAACAACAACAGCAGCAACAGCAACAGCAAAACACCAACCACAAGAUCGAAACUGAUGAAAUUGAUAACCAAACAUUGAGUGUUUCACCAAGUGUUUUGCCAAACGUUUUGCCAAAAUCAAGUAGAACGAGCCUAAAGGAAGCCAAUGAAAGAAAUACUUACACACUAGAUGAAGUUUCAAACAGUUUACAAUCGGCUUGUGAGAGAGGACUGACUCUAGAAGAUGCAUUGGAUGAUUUAGCCAAACAACAAGAAACAAAUGAGCAACCUGGAAGUACUGACAUGAUCUUGGAAUCCGAUGAAGUGACCUCAACAAAACGAGGGACUUAUUCUCUAGAUGAGGUUGCAACGUGCUUGGUUUCGGCUGCCGACAAAGGCCUUACUGUAGGUGAAGCUCUUGAUAACUUGGCAAAAUCAGAGGAAAAGGGAAAGCAAAUACUCACACAAAGCUACCAGCAAGACGAACUGGAUCAAACCACCAUAACAAACACUACAGAUACGAGUCCGAAACGAGGUACGUACGACUUAAACGAUGUUUCAAAAAAGAUUGAUGAUGAGAAAGAUAAGGGAAACUCCAUUGAAGAAGCUCUCAUUCAGUUGCUAGAUGAGGUGGAGACUGUUGUCAAGGUAACGCAGAAAACAGAAAGUAGAGGGACUUAUGAUUUGAAAGACGUUUCUAUAGUUGUAGAACAGGCAAGUGACCUUGGUAUACCUGUAGAAAAAACUCUAGAGAAAAUAGCUGCAACUGAUGAUAACACAAAAACAACCGACAGAGCUCAGUUAAAAGCCACUGUAAAUGAAACAAAAACAGUUUCCAAAGAUAAAAGCCCCAAUAAUGAAAGUAGCCAACUGAAUAGUCACACAGAAAUUAUUGUUGGAAAGCGAGGAACUUACACUUUAGAUGACGUAGAAAAACAGUUAGAACAAGCUGCUGAUAAGGGAAGUACUAUUGUGGAUACUUUGAGUGAUACUUCUAUUGCAAAACUUCGAGAGACUAGUAUUUCACCGAAAGUAAAUGAGAUAGAAUCUGCUAAAAUAGAAGAAACUCCGACAAGGAAUACAUAUACUUUAGACGAAGUUGCCCAAUCUUUAGAGCUUGCUAAGAGUAAAGGCAUCCCUGUAGUCGAAGCUUUAAGCAACAUAUCUACAGAAAGGGUUGCCGGCGCCAAAAAUCCCGCCAAGCCUGGAAGUAGAGAGACCUACACUUUGGAUAAAGUAGCUCAGUCCCUCGAGACGGCAAGAGAGAAAGGUUUGCCGAUUGUCAUGGCAUUGGAGAAUUUGGUCCUUAAUGGUGGUGGAAGUCUAAGAGGACCCGCUGAAGUUGCUGUUCACAGAAGACAAGGUAAAUUGACCAACAGAAAAACAUAUGCACUAGCUAGUCCACUGGAGACCAUUGGAGAAGAAAAGCAACUUAGAUUGUUUGACGGUACAUCGAGGAAGCUGCUACCACUAGCCAAAGAUUAUGUAAAAGGUCUACAACCUCAAUUGUAUGAUGAUCCUGAGAAUACGCAGCCUUCAGGACAGAAAGUUGUUCAAACUUUAGACCUUUUGACGUCUGCCUGUGAGGCUUUGCUGAAGACAACAGGGAAGAAAAAAGAAUCAGAUGAAAUAGAAGAGGAACAGAUCAGUAAAAUACAGGUUCCCUCUGGAGAACCCCAAGGAUUAAGACAGCAGUUCAAAGCAGAAUCUAGAGAUUCUGGUAUAAGUUUCCCAGGUGGUACGUCCGAACGUGGUACUUAUUCCUUGGAUGAGGUGUCUGAGACUCUAGAAGGGGCUACGAAGAAAGGAAUUCCAGUCAUCGACGCCCUUGGAUCUCUCACCGCCAAGGAACCAGUGACAAAAUGCAGAAUUCCCAGAGCGUUGAGAAAAGCGGGAUCAAAGUCCGAAUCAAGCCUAAAUAGAAACAUAACAUCAAAGCAAGAGAGCUCAAGGCAAACAUAUUCGCUGGAUAAUGUGUCGAACUCGGUCGAAGAUGCAAAAGCUAAAGGAAUCCCGGUGAUUGCCGCUUUAGAUGAACUGACCAUUUCACUUGCGAAAUUCUCGGCUACUCGACCAACACCUGGAAAACCUCUUAGAAAACCAGACAGACCUUCCAUAGCUCGCAAGAAAGAAGCUCAACGUGCCAGUGUGAGUUCAGAGCUCGGUAGAGAGGCACAAAAUUCARCAGGUUCGUCCUUUCCUAUUUCCUACCCUCCAGCCAUGAGAAACUCUUAUUCUCUGGAUGAUGUUGCGUCUGCUUUCGACAAGGCGUACCAAACUGGAAUUCCUUUCCAGGAUGUUCUAGAACAUAUGCAUUCGGGAACUAGCGGUGUUUCCCAAACAGGUGAAGAUGCAUCCAUGACCAGGAGUACCGGAUCAUUAAAGAUGGGAAAAGAUUAUCAUCGAUCAGCGGCAGUUUCUGAAGACUACCCUAGGAAGACUCAGUCUGCCUCAUCCUUGACAAAAGGAAAUGAGUAUUCUAUUCCUUCAAAGAGUGAUUCUUCAUUAGACGGAAAAACUUCUGAUCCACCAAGAAAGAGUUCAACGUCUUCAGAAGGAAGUCUCACAUGCUCCUCCAGCUACGGGUCUGAUGUUUCCGUGAACAGGGAUUCCUCUCCUACUGAAGAGUUAACACAUGUAUCUAAAGUGAGUUCUGUUCGAAAGCAAAGGAAACGAUCGAACGGACCUUUCCAGUUAAAGAAGGGAAGUCGCAGAAAUUCCCCUGCAAAUUUAAGACAAACAAACACCUCCACUCCAUCACUUCAGGGAGAUUCUGAAGAAUCUUUAGCAAGUUGUGACUCUGGAAACUCUGACUCAUCUCAGACGAAGCGCGGAACUUACGAUCUGAAGAAAAUAGGCGAAGAACUGGACAGGUUCACGGUCGAAGGAAUUCCAGUUGUCCAAGGUCUUGACAAACUGGUCACAGAUGUUGUAAGCAMUGUUGAUAAAACUAAGAAUGAAGAGUCAAAAAACAUUCAGGUCACUCCGAAACGUGGUACGUAUAGUCUGGAUGAUGUUAGCCAGCAAUUGGACAGCGAAAAGGGUAAGGGAGAUUCGGUUUUACAUGCCCUAGAUAAGCUUUCGAGCAACUCUACAGAAAUUCAAAGAGAUUCUCAAGCAAGUGCAUCUGAAAACAAAAACCGUAAUACUUUCACCCUUGACCGUGUCGAUGUUUCUAUCGCUGAUGCAGCAGAACGUGGUGUUCCAGUUGUUGAAGCACUCGACAAGCUCUCCCACAAGGAACGUGAAAAGACAGAAACAAUUAAACCAAACCAUAAACCCUUGGCUAAAUCAGGUGAAAAUAGUUUUUUUAUUGAGUACGCUCCUACGAAAACAGAAGAAGAAACGCCAAAAUCUAUAGCGCCUGUUCAAGUACGAGACGGGCAGAUAUGGGAACAUCGGGACUUAGAUAACUAUCCAACUAGGGAUGGCAGUGCAAAACAGAAGAGUGAUAAGACUGUCUCUCCUGAGUGUAACACUAUAAGAGGUGCAAGAACUGACAAGACACGGUUGAAAGAACGGACCAAAUUGAUUUCAACUCCGAUAACCACCAAUAGUGAUGUGUUCGAAAUUCACAAGUCCGGACUAACAUCCUCAGAUUGUGCUUCACAAAUUUUGGGCCAUUCACUUGUUGCUGAACAAACACCAUUGGAAAUAGAAAGUAUACGAGAAGACUCUGCAAGUCCAACACAGAUGUUUCCAGAACAAAAGCCAAAUAAAGAUGAGGUCCUAGUUGCAGGUAGUUCACGAACGCGUCCAAGAUGGCAGCGAAGUGGCAGCUACGUAGAAGCUUUGGAAUCUUUCGAGGAAUUGCUCGCUUCAGACCAGGAUUUAUCGUCAUCAGAAGCCCUUGACAGCAUUCCAGUUAAAGAAUCCGACUAUCUUAACGGUAAUUAUGACACGAUGUAUCCAGAGAAGGCGAGUAGUGAGACGUCCACCACCUCUCCUAAAGGACGUUCCACCUGGAGACCAAGUGGUACUGUCUUGGACGAGAUCCUAAAUCUCAUGGAUGAACAUGAAGAACAGGGGUUAUCUAUCGCUGAUGCGCUUGAAAAGGCAGCUGAAUUUUCUGAACAGCAAGGUGGGGUGGAUGAUGAUAAAAUCAUCGAUACUAAAGAUGAUGACGCGUACAGAAGCAAGACUGAGCAAAAGACACUGGCAACUGACUACGGUUACCAAGGAAACCAGGUGCUUGGUUACCAAGCUGRAUCAAGUUAUCAACUAACUACGGCCCACCAAGAUAAUGUCCCUCUACAACGGGGCCUUACGGUUAAUGGACCAAGACACUGCUGGGGAGUUGAAAAGCCGACAGCACCCCUGUCUGUCGUUAAUACUGCUCCAUAUGAGUGUCACGUGCCACAGGCUGACGUCACGAUCAAUGAAGAUGAAGAUCCUUCCAAGAAAGUGUUCUCUUUGUUCAUAGCUGAUGAGCCUGUCCAGACCAAUGAGGGACUGACUCCAGAGCAGAAGAAGAAGAGAGAYAGGUUCUUAAGAAAUCGACAAAAGAAAAUGGAGGAAGAAAAAGCUAAAAGGGAAUUGGAAAACGAGAAGAAAAGACAACGUGAUGUAAGACAACAAGAGAUGGAAGCGCAGAAGCGAGUGAGACAUUUCCACCAACCUGAGGAACAUCCGCCCUUUGCUGAUUACACAAGUCCUCCAAGAAUCAUCAAAUCUAGUGGAAAAUCAAAUCGUAAAAUGAUCAGUAAUGCCUUGUCACAUGCUUGUUUGUCUGGAGCAGUAAACAACGAAAACAGAGAACGAUGUUUACAGGCGAUGUCUGACUCACAGGGAUCCCAUUUCAUUAUACUGUUAAAAGAUGGUUUACGAUUUCGUGGUCUGUUCGUGUACAGCCCAGAAAAUGAUCAGGCAUAUAGGAUAUACGGUACUGGGCCAAAGAUCAUUUCACCCAAUAUGGUCGACUGUGUUUAUAAAUACAACAGUGGAAGCAAAGAAUUCAUCAAGAUUCCCUCCAAAACACUGUCAAUAUCUGUAGAUGGAGUGGCCAUAAACAAGGUCUACUGGCAGUCCAACAAACCUAAUGUUGCUUCAAAGACACAAUCAAAUCUAAAGCGACCUUCCAGACCUCAUCAGCGGUAACACCCCAUGUGUAUACAGCGAUAUAGAUGACUUGGUAACCACCUUACAUUUGCAAUGGCCUGGUUACACAGUCAAAUCUAAAGCGACCUCCCAUACCCCCUCAGCGGUAACACCCCAUGUGUAUACAGCGAUAUAGAUGACUUGGCAAACACCCCGCAUGUAUCAUGACGGCUUGGUUACACAGUUAAUUUUAAAGCGAAUUCCCAGACCCCCUCGGUUAGAGUGAAUCAAAGUAAAGUGAUUUGAUGUGAUUACAAAUUUUACAAUAACGCCUUUGAUUGGCUGACAAAAUACAGCGAAUUGUCGAUAGCAUGUGAACAUGAAAUAAUAAAUAUAUUAUAGAUCUGCAGGAAAAAGUACAGAAAACACGUUUGUCAUGUCAAGUUUACUCAGGGUAACGACAAACAGAUAGUGAACAUAUUCUAUUGAAUCCUAAAGACGUUUUAAAGCCUUUCCCAACUCACACGCAGAUCGAGUCUAACGUGCCGUCUAACGUCAAUCAAAACCAACGGCUAUGAAGUCGUGAUAGACAAAAAGCGAAGAGAAACUCGAAAAAUUCUCACAACAAGUGGUCGUGGGCAAGAAGGGCUACAUAUUUACAGCUGGGUAUAAAUAAAUAAAAAAAGACAAAUAGAAUAUAUAUUUACGAUAUGUGUACGGCAGAAACAAGAUCCAAAGCUAUCCCAAGUGUUUUUUGUGUUUAGUUCCUUUUUCAAGCGCUUUUUCUAGUGCAAUGCUUCAAAAAGUAUUUGCUGGUGAUAGAUGGUAUUUUGACAUAUAUAAGCGAAUACAAGUAGCCAAGUGUAGCCAGGUGUAGGAGCUGUGCCAAACAAAGUGCUUCAUGCAGUAAUUUGAUAUUUAACGACGACUUCAACAAACAGAUGACGUUAAAAUCGUAUGUAAAUUCAAUGUACAGCAUAUAAGGUUUAGAUUAUUUUACUGUGUUUAAAUUUAUAAUACACAAUGCAUGAUGGGAUAGCCUGGGUCCAUCUCUGCAAGGAUAUCUAUAUGAGUAUAAUAUACAGCUGUGCUGUAAGUAAGUAUAGUGAUUUAAAGAUUAUAUAUGGUAUAUGAAAUGCUUUAAAUUCAAAGAGUUUAUUUAUUUUUGUUUCUAUAGAAUGUAAAAAUAGAGUACAGUAUCAUAAUGUAUUUAAUUAAUAAACAGAUAAAGACUAAUAAAGACUAAUAAAGCUAUGAA